AUGUCGCUCUUUGCCAAGAAAAUCAAGUGUGAUGAGGCGAAACCAGAAUGCAAGCAGUGCUUGAAGCGCAAGGUCUUGUGUCCUGGAUAUAAACGUGAUCUUAAAUGGAGCAACAAGCACGAAAUCUUCAGCUCUUCGCCUGCAACCGUUCAUGCCUCAAGACUUCCGGCGGGAAGUCCUCCAUCCAGUGCAACAACGUUGGGUGAUUCAGGCUUGCUUGUCGGAACUUUUCAAUCCUCAGGCUCUGGUCAGGCCCGGUCUCUCGGAGCAACACUCGUGCAAUCCUCAGCUACGGAAGUCGUAUCUCCAUCCCAGACAGUGCAGCGGCAUCCUUAUGAUACUGGUUCGGUCGCGUUGUCGAUUGGUACGAACGACUUCGACACCGAAAAUGAUCGAACAACGACAGAAAUCCUGCGAGAAGAUCUUCGUGAGUUCUUUGCGACUCAUGAUCCAAUGACACUGCUAGAGCAGCGCAAUCGAUUGCGGGCGCUUAGCAGCUCGGCGGCGAGCUCCGCCACACCGUCUUCGCUUUCGCAUGUCCUGGACGACCGCGAGGCAGCGACGUCGCAAGGCAGUGAGUUCAAUCAGGCAUUGGUUCAGUACUUCUUCGAUUAUGUGUCUUUGAUCCAUACGGUACUCGACGAUACCGCUGAGCCGUUCAAAGCUCUCGUUCGUCGGUAUUUGAGUACAUCCACCCUGCUCCAUAAGAGCGUUGUCUGCAUGGCGGCAGCACACUGCUUCCGAGGCGAAGAGACCAUGCUUCCAUUGGUCGAGUGCCACACCGCUGCGGUACGAUCACUGUCCACAGCAGUAGCCGAGAUCGAAUCAGUGCUGGACCAAUCGACAGGAUCUCCCCGAGCGUCCGCGUUAGAGAAUGUGACUAUGCUUCGCAAGCUGGAAGAAACGCUGUUGGCAUCGAUCAUCCUGGGAUUCUGCGCUCCUUGGGCCGAUCCUCGGGAUCUUGGCCUCCCACAUCUUCGCGGGGCGAGGAAACUUUGCGAGUAUCUCAUCAACCACGUCACAUCUGAUGGCAAGGCUCCGGAAAGGGCACUAGCGAACACAGAUCAUCAUUUCCUGAUCGGCUCGAUGGCUUAUUGGGAAGCAUGUAUGUCUUUCGUUGUCGAUCAGCCGAAGAACGCACUACAAUACCUCGCACCUUUCGGCCAGACUACUGAGAUGACCUAUAUCCAUAUGCUGUGUGGAAUUAGCCUGCCUCUAUUCGUCAUACUGGGCAAUGUUGGUGUCUGCGUCCGCCAAAACAGAGCACUGAGGAAAAUGGUCGAUGUUGGCUGGAAAGACAGGAAUGGAUUUCAUCUGCUUGCCUCCGAAGUGGAGCAGGAUGCGCUGGAACUCGCCAAGCAGGCCUUCAACUACAAGAUUCCUACGGAAGCGAGCUUUGACCAAAAAGCGCUCGGUCCAUCUGUGUGUCGGCAGGUGAAAGCCUUCGCUCAGAUGUGCAAGUUUGCCAUCUUGCUCGAGUUACAACGCAACUUUCCUGGUCUCAUGCAGCCUAAGAGCACUUACGGUGAUAACACUAGCUCAGGAGCACGUGUGUACUCUCCGUCAUUCGAGCUACUUCGACGAAAUCACGAGUUGGCAGGAGCGAUGCUCGUCUACGCGGAACAGAUCCCGGAAGGAUCGACUUGUGGCUUGUAUCAAACGAUACUAUUGAUCAUCUGCGGGAGCGCGCUGAGGACGUCCAGUAAACCGCCGGUGAUGUUCUCGGAUGAACCAACAUUACACGAUCAACUGGGUGCGGAGCUGCUCUCAACGUCAGCACGCUUAGACGAGAUUGAGAAACGCCGUGCGUUCAUUCGCCGACGUUUGCGGUCCAAUUGUGCUUCAUUCGGGCUUGGGCAGGUCUACUCUCGGGCAGAGCUACUUCUGGAGCAUAUCUGGGGAGAGUUCGAUGCUGGUACAAUCGCUCUGGACGCGCGUCACUGGGUCGAUAUCAUGGCAGAUCACAAGCUUGAAACGUUCUUCGGCUAG